GAGCAGGAGGAGGAAGCAAGCUGGCAGACAGGCGGUCGGCACGUGAGAAAAUCAACGAUACCCUCGAAACUCAACACUCAAAGUAAAAAGGGUUACAGUAGUGUCGAUUUGGAGUGCAUUUAGAGUUUUGACUUGAGUGUGAAAUUCGGUUUACGAGUGUCAUGAAGAGGCAUGCGUAUGAAAUGAGCGGAUACAUUGCAGUGUCGCAAGUGAUAAUAGAACAUUUGGAACACUCGGAACAUGCAAUAUUAAAAUCAUUACGGCGGAUCUUGCCUGAUUGUGAGAAAUAAACGUUGUGCUAAGUGUAAGUAGGUAUAUGGAGCGUUGAAUCUAAUCUUACCCUAACCUAACCCAGUGGAUGAAAACAUAACCCCAACCGAUCCUCAUUCGCAACGUGCGCGCACGUUCUGGCUUACCGUCUGAUCUACUAGGAAAUUUGAACUCAACAUGCGGCGUGCUCGAAUAAAAGCUGUAGCUAAUGUUCCACUGCGACGGAAAGCUACUCAAGAUGCUUCUCAACCAGAACCGUCACAACCAGUACCAUCUCAAUCGUCCAGUCCUAAGGUGGAAAGUACAGAUAAAGUUACAGCAGAAGCUGACAUCGAAAAGCCAAUCAUUCCUAUUGUCACUGAGGAAUCAGACUCUGCGAAUGUAGAGCCACAAACACCAUUACCAAUAAGAGGAGAUCAGGAAAUAACAUUCGCUCCUGUGAAUGAUCAGAACGAAAACAAUGAUAUUAUUAAAUUGUCAGAAGAUUCCACUAUUCUAUCUCCUGAGUGUACUUUUGCAGCACUUGCAUCUCCUCCAUACCGAUCAGAGUCCAUUAAAUCAGAUUCUACCUCAAUAAAGUCACCUGCGUCACCUUCAAAAUUAUUACAAAAUAGAUCAAGAUUUGUCAGACCUGUUCCAAGACUGGAUGGUAGUGGUAGAAUACGUAGGAAUAGUAUACAAGGAAGCGGAGCCAGUGCAAGCGAAUCGGAAGACGAUGGGCGGAGACCUAAUUGUGCAGUGCCUAAUCGUAUCAGAAAUGACUCGUGUUGCUCGGUGCAGAGUAACAGAGAUCCCAUAGCUAAUACAAAUGUCAAUAAUGCACCAGAAUUCAAGCCGGUACCAAAACGAAGAAUGGUCAUUUCAGAAUCUGCUAGAAAGUUAGCAGAGGCUAGACGAGAGUUUUUGCAUAAACACGGAAAGAAAACACCAGAUCGAAAUAAACUAACGAUGUAUGAUCUGAUAUACUACAACCCUGUGACAAACCCGAUGAAAAAUCCAGAUAUGUCUACCCCAGUAAUGAGGACGGAACCUGCUUCUGUGUCAAAUGAUGACAUCGUGCAUACUGAAGAGGAAAAUGUGGAUGAACCAGCUGCGAUGCCAGUACCACAGGUCAAAGUUGGACCGGAUGGUCAAUUAAUCAUAGACGAGCAAAGUCUGGUCAUAGAACAAACUGGAACAAAGAAAGGACGAGAAGCAUUGGCUAACUCAGAGGUAGUAGUAGACGAAGGGCGUACUGGUAAUGGAUUUUACAAACGACCUAAGAAAAGCAAAGAGUGGCCAAAAUGGGAAACCUUAAGAUUUUAUAAAGCUUUGAAUACAAUUGGCACGGAUUUUCUUCUUAUGCAAAGUUUGUUCCCCAAUCGAUCUAGACAAGAAAUAAAGUUGAAAUUUAAAAAGGAGGAAAAAACAAACAGACCAUUAGUUGAAAAGGCAUUGAAAUAUCAUCAAGAAUUCGAUACAGAUGCAUUGGAAGAAGAGCUUGCAAUUUUUGUAGAAAAAGAAAAGCUUGAAUUGGAGGAAAAGAACAAAGCAAAAGAAAACAAGACUAAGGAUAAAGAGAGAUCGAAGACUAAAAAGAGGAAGAAAUGUGCAUUUGUUACUUCAAGCAUUGGACAAGAUGAAGAAACUGAGGAAGAAGAAGUAGACGAAGUCGAAGAUGAAAAUUCCGUUGUGGGAGAACCAGUAAAAUCGGAAACAAACAACAAUUUGAGUAUCGAAAAGCCGAAAACCCGUAAGAAACGUAAAAAGAACAUAUCGAUAGAGGAAGCAUUAGAUGACUUAAUGCAAGGUGCAGGAAUCUUCAGUGAUUCCGAAAGUGAAACUGAAAUUUAUGAAGUGAAACCGACACGUUCCGGUAGAUGCCCAAAAAUCAGAAGAUUACAGGCUCCUGAUGUAAAUAAAAUGGAUGAUCAUCAUACAGACGAUAUUUUGAAUGAAGAUGGAAAUACCACAGAAGUUUGUGUUGCGCCGGAAAUGGAAAAAUCUGAAUUAAUUUCAGACAACUCCGUCAAAGAGGUUCAAAUUACGGAAGAUCACUUGGAACACGUAGAACAUAAGAUUACCGAUAUUAGUAAAGCGGAACCUGGUUCCUUAGUAAUUUUGUCCAGUGAAUCGCCAGAUGAACCAGGGAAAACCAUGUUACAAGUUUAUAUGGUAAGUCCUAAUCCAGAUCCAACGAUGGUAAGCAGUAAACAAAACAUCCCACCGAUUGAAUUAUCACCAGAACUUCUCGCUACGGUUACGACUAAAAUAUCGAAAAAUGAUUCACCAAACGUUGAUGCACAACAACCUGUAAAUACGGUGUAGCAUAUUUACUUACUCCUACGGCUUACUUUUAUCAAUAUCAAUGCAGCUGUAGUUUUAGCGCGACUUUCAUUAUUCACUCAGUUGUAGAAUUCUUAUAAAUGCAAGUGAAUAUUUUCGCGAAUGGAAACAAUCGCUUCAAAUUGCAAUAUCACAAUGGUUACAAAUUUCGAUAAUAAAGGACUUGAAUUUGGAUGCAAUGUUUAGUCAUUCAAAAUUCACAAUAAUGCCUGAAAGUGUGUUUUGACUGGAUAAUGAGAAUCGAGUAGAUUGUCUCUCGCAUUCUCUUAGUAUUUUGCCAUGUAUUAUUCUGUGUGUUAACUGAGGAUACUUAAAGACUGCUAGACCCUAUGGAAUUAGUGUGCGAAAUGUUCUAUGGGCGACGGAAGGUGAGAGACGGGACGGAGAAAUUCCUGUAAUCCGCAGUUCAAUAAACCGAUGUUUGAUCUACAUUACCAGCCCAUUAAACGAAUUGUUGAGUGCAGGAAACCGAAAUUAACCCUGACCUCGUCGUGACACAGAUUCCCACAGGAUUAAUAGUCUUUAGAUAGCUUCAAUCAACACUUUUUGUACUACGGCUUGAUUUAUUUAUUAUUAUACUGACAUUUUUUUGUAUUGGUGUCAUGCUAUUCAUUGAUAUUAAAUUUAUAAGUGUACAUAGAUCCAAGUACAAUUAGAUUGUGAUAAUUUCUAUUUUAAGAUUACUUGUAAAUACGGUUUCUUUUUUACUUUACAUGCGAUUCUGAUACUCUGAGCCUACUGGUAUCCUUUUUUCAUUAUGUACACCAUACAUAUGACCUGUUAUUAAUUUGUAAGCUCGUAUACAUUAGAUCAGCGUGAGAAAAUAUCAUAAACAUUUUUUCACUGUAUUUACUUGUUUAAUGUCAAGUGCGUCUUUACCUCACUGAAAUAUACUGGACGCGUACAAGCAUACUGGGAGAGAGCUACAAAACGGAUGAUCCAUCUCUCCCUACGACCCACGAUAAUAUUGUACGUAUAUCUGAAAAAGGUGAUCUAUCUCUGUCUUUACCACUCGUGGUAUGCUUAUAUGAUGAUAUUUUACACGAUACGCUUUGCUACUACAGUACCUUGUGGGUAGCGCAUGUUCUAGUUGGUGUAUAUUUCAGUGGUCUUGCUUGCUUGAAAUGUAAACAUUUUUUCCUUGCGAAGAAGAUUAGUAUCCAGAGAUAAUGAAAAACUGUUCACUUUAACGGCACUUUGAUUAACUUGACAUAUUAUGUGGUCUGAAAUAAUUGCAUCUUUUCGUACAAAAUAUAUUUGGUAAAAUAUUGUACCAAUUGAUGCUUGGUGAUAUAUUUAUUACAAAGCUUUGCACAGUUCGAGAUCUAUUUAUAAUCGCAGAUACGUACCAACAGAGUAUAACGAACGGACUAAAGAUUGGCUUUACCUGAUGUCUAUUCCUUCACAAAAAUCACAUUGGUAAAACUGAAGAACUGACUAAGAGGAUCUCACGAAACGAAUUCAAUCAAGCUACUCGAUGUGAUCCCUUGCCUUGAGUUAACUGCUGUGGUAUUUGCAGCAUCAUUUGUGCCUCCGAGCUCUGACCUGUGGCCAUGAAUCAUCAUUCGUUAUACUUCUUCAUUAUGUUAUAAAAGUUUGUUUAAGAUUUAUGCAUUUGUAAUUACUUUAUAUGGAUAAGUUAAUCUUAAAUCAAAUGUUAGACUUGUUUUGAAGGUAUUUAUUUAUUUCAUAUAUCGAACUU